CGUAUCGUUGUGUCGGUGUGCUCCUGGUCGUGGACAGUGGUGACAACUAACCAUUCUUUGUUGUGGGUGUAGGACAAGGGAAUUUUGGACGGUCUUUGAUACUGAAUACGUUAGAUUUGUUAUUCUACAUUUCAAGAAUCUUCUGAAAAAAUUCUCAACUCAUAAAUAUAAUGAUGCGUAAUCAGAAGGAUACUCCGGGUGUUUCGAAGACAACCCAAGGUCGCGUGGCUCGGCGUCGCCGCGGGGCCCUCGCCGCGGCCCCGGCCGGCGGCCGUCACCCUACCCACCGCCCGCAGCCCUACCCCCGCGCCGCCGGCGGUGGGCCUCGGCCACGGGGGCAUCCGGUUCGGCGGCGCGCGGCGCGCGCGGCGGCCCUCCCCUCCUUCACACCGGCGCCCUACGCCUUCUUGGCUCCGUCAGCACCAGGUUUGUGCGUGUCAAUGAAUUUGGAUGCUGGCACACUGCACGUAGCUCUUUAA